AUGUUGGAAUUUAACGACGAAGCCAGGUUUCAGUCAACGACCAGGGAGUGGUUUAACAAUUGGCUACUGGUUCUAGGCCUCGUCUUUGCUACACUAUUCAUCAUCAUAGUCACCACCGUCCUAGCCGCAAAGUUUUGUUGCAAUCGGACAAGAAACAAGAUUCACCCCAUCGACGAUGAUCAAGACACUGAAUUGGGUGUAGGAGGUAAUCAAGUCAACUAA